GAGCCUUCCGGGUAAUGUAGUCUCUCCGCUCUCUGCUCGCCCUCAGUUUUACGGCUUUGCUCCUAAAAUGGCGGACGCCUUCUUCCGCUCCCCUCGAGCUCCCGCCCCCUUCUGUCUCCUCGGCUUCUUAUUGGUCGAGCGCGCGAGCGGGACGGACGUUAAUUGGUCGAAGGACCUGAACCGAGUGAGUUUGAAAGCAGUGGCGGCUGCUUCAGGAGAGAAAGGCUGCUUUCGUCUGAGGGAAGGAAGGGGCGGCCGGAGGUCGGACUCACCGACUGGCCAUGGCUCCUUCAAGGAAGAAAACGUCACGGGCGAACAAUAAGAACGUUCUGAAGAGCAAAAAGCUGGACGCGUUUCUAAACGACUUUGACCAGGAAGUCAAAGAACGCAUUCAGGCAAUCAAGCUGAGCAGUGAGCACCUCCAGACGGAGAUCAGCCACAUGUACGACAGCGAGCUCCUCCGCCUCCCCAUGGCUGUCAGGGAGAUGAACUGGCUCAGCUACUGUGCUCUAGGAGAAGGUGAGAAGGACCUGAAGAAGCUAGCCCUGGGGGAUUUGGACAUCCAGGACAUUACCAAACUUGCAUCUGAAGCAAUUCAGACCCCAGUCAAAACUGUUAGGAAAGCCAAAAAAACGAAGCAAGCCAUAGAAACCAUAGAUGAGGAGGUGGAGUGUCCUGUCCUUCCAUCAAGGAAGAGGUCCCGACAGGAAAAGGAGACUCUGCUACCUGGCCCUUCAGAGCAGGACCCCAACAUGCUGCACCAGUCGAGGAAGGGAAAGAGAUCAACCAAGAAGAGCCGCCCACCCUCUGUCAGAUCGACCCGUUUCAGUCGAAGCACGGACAGCAGAAACAACGUCUUCACUCCAGUUGGCCAGGCGUCCAACAGCACUGCCACCCCCAUCCAAACUCCAAGGUUUGAUCCCAGCAUGUUUAAAACCCCUGGACUGCGGCCCCCAGCCCCACAGGAGCGUGUGUACAGCAUCUCUGCCAAUGGCAGCCCUCUAGGACACAGCAACGACGUCUUCAUCACCCUUCCUGUUGAUGGAGGGGAGAGCAUCUGCAUGAAAGUCAGCGACCUCACUGAGAAGGACCUGAAGCGCUUGAAUCCAGCUGCCCUUGGGAGUAUGAGGAAGCUCUCGUCCCAACUUCUGCGCCUCUGUAAGUAGCAUGAGGAUCCAACACAAGCCCAAUGCACCUUUUGGACCUGCCGGACCAUCCUUUGGCUUUUCUGGGCUGCAGCAGGGUGUGCGUGUGCGAGGGACUCAGCCUUGGUGCUCUCAAAGUCUCUGGACCUCAUGACCUUUUCCUCCAACCCCUUCUUCAGGGAGUCCUGAGACCGAACUAGAAGAGAUGGUGGGCAGCCCUGAAAUCGUCCAACACUCAUGGUGUCCCUGGAGCAGGUUUUUGGGAAAGGCUGCAGUAGUCCUCCAGCCUCUGAUCUCUCAGCAUCUUUUUUACUUUGGUCUCAGCUGCCUCUGCGAGAGCAAGUCAGAGGAGGCCAGUUUUUUGUGUGUUCUAACUGUGCUGAAGAGUGGCCCCACAUUUUCCUUGUUCUCUUUUGUCUUGAUAAAAAAAGAUUUUGAAGCCAGGGUUUCUGAGUUGCAGACACCAGCCUGGAGAGGAUGUGUUGUCCUUGAAACCCCCAUGGGCAGGUUGUGUCUAUUAUUUCUGCAGGGUAGGAAGGGGUGUGUGUAUCCUUUCAGGUCCCAGCCGCUGUGACAAUGGUGGUGGGCUUGGAACCUGGAUGCUCCAGAGCUUCCACAUACCUAGACUGACAGUUGCUGCCCCAUGAGCAACAGUAGAGCCCCAAAACAACUCAGCUGCACCAAGGAGACGUGAGGACGCAGAAGCCCUGAGCUCAGCAGCCAGGCUUCCUUUGCGCCUGUGGGUCCCCCUCGAUGCCCACCAUCUUUCUGGUAAGGAAGCCCUUCUCACAACGGGCAGCAGCAGGCAACUUCUUCCUCCUUAUCUGUUGCCUUCCAUCAGAGGGCAGAUAAUGGUGGAUUUGAAGCCAAGGUGAUCAAGGAGAAACAGCAGAGGAUGACCAUCAGAUAAUGGUGUGCUUGGAGCCAAGAUGGUCAAGGUGAAAGAGCAGAGGAUGACCAGCCAGGCCCCAAUUCACUGCUCCUUCUCUUCCUGUGCUCCUCCUGGCAGCAUAAGCCGCUCUUUCUCUUUUGCCUGCCUCUUGCACACUCCCUUGCCCAAGCCAAUAUUGCAGUCAGCUUGGCAUAACAGAGCUGCUGCUUAGAGGGUGGCUGUGCCCUCCAAUGGUCAGAAGGUCGAAUCCACCCCUGAAACAGAUGUUUUGUCCUUCUCUCCUGGGGAAGCUGCCCACCCCCUCCCAGUGCUCUGCCCGGCCAGCCUGCCCACCUGUGGACUGUGGGCACCUCUUUUUAUAAGUAGUUGCUUUCCUAUUGUUCUUCCAACGAGUCUUUCAAGUUAUGUUGUUAGUUAGCAAGUUGUGUGGAAAGUGAAUGUACUCAAUAAAGUAUUA